CACCUGACCAAAUUUCCCUCUCGCAUGAGCGGAGGAGUCCGAGACACCUCGGUUGUCUCACUACAGGAGUUCAGGACCUGACUGCCUGAGGCAGUUGUCAAGGCAACGGGUAACAAACAUGGCGUCUAUGUUGCCAGACCCGCUGUUGGAAAUUGCAGGUCCGGGUGUUGCACCUGACAAGAACUUCUACUGCCUCACUGUCUCUAUGACGGAGGUAAUAUGGAGAUGGUGGAAGAUUUCACCCAGAGUCAUCGACCGGAUGGCCAGACCUGGAGAGAUGAAGGAGAAUCAUGAAGACUUCCUACUGGACAUGCCACUGCACAAUCUCAUCCAGAAGAUAUUUGGAUCAGGAAUCUUGCUGUACGUCAAGGGCCUGUGUGAAGGUUCCUAUGGUUACAUAAAUCAUCUGUCCGACGAGCUUAUCUUGCGGAUACUAAGUUACCUUGAGCUGGAGGACAUCGCUCAGUUUGCUGUGACCUCGCGGAAGUUCAGACGGAUCUGUAUGUCGGAGGAAUUUUGGGAGCUGGUGGCGAGGCAACGCUGCAGCACGCUGCCCCUGGACGUGGAGACUCUGGCGGGCGAGGUGGGCUGGCGCAGCAUCUUCUUCGCCAACAAAGUCGAGCUGCAAAAGAUGAUCCGGCGCAGCAGGGAAAUGAAGGAACAGGAGGCAAAUAAGGAGAAAGAAGAGAGCAAACUGGAGGUGUCCAGUAGCAGCAGCUCAGACUCCAACCCCUGAGCCCUGAACCUGGUGAUAAUCCUGAGCCAGAUUCCUAAAUGCCGACCAAAAACAUCUUAGAAAGCUAUGAUGCUCUCACUAGGAUUCAGUCAAUCUGUGACGCUGUGGAUAUAUAUGUAGGGGAUCAGACAACCACUUGUGUAUAGAUCCACUCCGCACCCUGUAGCAGACCAUGAGCUGCUGCCUUCAGCGAUCUCCAUCCUCUGCACUGACAUCUUGAGAAGUUUAUAUCCCAGAUAUCUCAGGAAUUUAAGGACCAUACAGCUAAACUAGCACAAUGAAAGUCACUCAGCAUGCAUCAAAAACAAAAGUAAAAGAUAUAUAUAUUUGUGAUCUCUUAACGUAAAAUGUAAUUGAAAAUUAGUUAAAAAAACGGUCAGGAAAUGAGAGACAAAGCGCUACUAGGUUGCAGCUGUAAUAGCUUUCCUCAGUUGCCUGGGUGACACAUUGGGAAAGCUGUCGUCUGCCUGAGACUUGGAGUUGAGCAACUGCUCCUCCAGGUUAAAAAGGCAGUGGUCAUUGAUACUCUGGCAGGGGGAAGGUCUCUGCAGUAUAAGCUUACGGACGCUUUGAUAUAUAUAUAACAACUAUGUGCACUGAAUCGAUGAACCUGGCUGUCUACAGCAAGUUUUCCUGACCCAAGGCUUUGUCCAUGGUCGAGCCAUCACCUCUUUCAUGGAGCAGGCGGCCAUCUUGUCUAUGUUAAAGCACGUCCCAUUUGGAAUUCUAAGUAACCCAUUAGAACAGAAAUAGAUGUAGAGAAACAGGUCCACCUUCAAAAAGCUGCCAUUAAAACCACAAAAAGCCAACCAUAAAAUUUCAAUGAAAAACAAAUAUGGAACAUUGUUCAUAAGCUUUAAUCUUUAAAAACACCAAAAUAACAAUGAAGUUUGGUUUUCUUCAGAAACAACUGUGACAUCACAUUAAUACAGUGCAGUUUUUUUAGAUGGACGUUUUGGUGAAUUGCACAGAUUCUUGACGCAAAAAAGUUUAUUUUCAGGUCUGGCAUUAGCAAUGCCAUCUUUUUUGUUUUUAAACUCUGUAACCCAAGAAUGUUUUAGUCUUUGUUCCAUUAAAAAAAAUAUCAUUUUAUUUUUGACACGUCUUUUUAUACAUUUUUAUUAUUUUUUUUUUGCAAUAAAUAAUUGAAAGAUCAUUUUGUCUCCGCAUGCGACUGGACCUCUGUUCUAGUACCAGUAUAAAAACUCCAC